AACCACAGGACACAUUCCCAGGAGCAGGCCUCAGAGCCACAGGGACAAGCCUUUGCAAAGUUUUCCAGCUUGUGUCAGCAUUCUGGGAAUAAACUGUGGACUGCAGGACUGGAGAUGGAAACUCUGAGCCUGCAAGCUUUUAACUGAGCUGUGUGUAAGGGGAGCAUUUUUUGAGCCACAAGGCAGAGGAUGGUCAUUUCAUUCCGAACCAGGAGGGUGUGCCUGGUGCUGUGUGUGCUCCUGUCUGCACUGACUCUCGUCUUACAGAACCUGUGGAUUCCGGAAGGUUCCGAAGAGCAGCUUCCGGGGAAACCCAGAGCUUCCGAGGCUCUUCCCCAGUACGGUGUGAGGAAGCUGGCCCUUCGACUGGAGACUCUCUCUUCCCAGAUCCAGGCCCUCAAGAGAGAUAACAUUCCGGACAGACUGGACAGCCUGGCUGAGACUCUCCAGAUACUCCAGAAGGACCAUGAGAGCUCCAUGCACAGUGUGCAGAAGGACCUGGCGAUGGUGUGGGAGAAGUUGGAUACCCUGCUAAAGAGGAGCCUAGCUGGGGGAGACACACCUCACCGCACCCCACUCACAGGCAUGCCGGACAGUGAGGUUUGCAAGAUCCCAAAUGAUCCAGCCUUCCCUCUCUGUGCAGGGAAAGUCGAGUUCCUGCAAGCUCACUGGCGCUCGGACCCCUGCUACGCUCAUUAUGGAGUGGACGGUGGAGCCUGCUCUAUCCUAGCCUACCUGAGCGACAGAGAGGACUUCUGUCCUAGCCUGCCAGGGAGAAAUAUCAGCCAGGGACCAGACAAGACACAUCCCAAGGAGGGCAAGGAAGAGGCAGUGAUAAGGGCAGACCUAACCCCCCUCUUGGAGAUCAUUGGCACCGGCCGGGGUCCUGCAGUGAGGUUCAUGCAGUCGCGGAUUGAGAGACUGGCAGGGAGAUGGGCACGGGCUGGAGAGAGAAUCCGUGAGAAACUGCACCACAAACCACAGGCACAGCUAAAGGUGCUGCUGCACCCAGGAGUGCUGGCAGGGGGCGCUGGCGAGCGAUUCGGGGAGCUGGCGGAGAGGGGUGGUCCAUUGGGAGAGCUGGUGCAGUGGUCAGACGUGGCCACAGCUCUCUUCAUCCUGGGACAUAAAGUGACCUUCUCAACCACACUGCCAGAACUGCACAGAGUGAUUGGGGCUCCUCCAGGGAAGGGAAGCUGUCCCAUUCAGGUCCCGCUGCCCUUUGACCUGCUCUACACAGACUACCACGGCCUGGCUCAGCUGCAGGCUUGCAUGGGCCUCUCCUUCAACCAAUACAGGUGUCGGUUCCGGGUUCUAGACUCCUUUGGCACAGAACCAGCCUUCAACCAGGGGGAGUACUCUCGACUCCAUGGUUACAGAACAGCCUGGGGUAGCUGGGAGCUGCAGCCUCGGCAGUACAUGACUAUGUUCCCCCACACCCCUGACAACUCCUUCAUGGGCUUCGUCUCUGAAGAGCUGGGCCAGGGCUUAGAGGAAGACAUACAGGAGCACAAGGAACCCAACUUGGCUGUUGUCUACGGGAAACAGGACUACAUGUGGCAAGGAAAGGAGAGCUACCUGGAAGCAAUCAGCCAGGUGAUGAAGCUCCAUGGGACAGUAUACCAGGAGACAGGAAGCCCCACUCGUAUCCCUGGCUAUGUGUUGAACCAUGGACUGCUGUCCCAGGAUCAGCUACUGGAGUUGCUUAAGAGAGCCAAGCUGUUUAUAGGACUGGGGUUCCCCUAUGAGGGUCCUGCCCCUCUGGAGGCCAUUGCGUUGGGUUGCGUGUUUCUGCAGCCCCGCUUCGACCCCGCACACACACCCCAGAACAGCGCCUUUUACCGGGGGAAACCCACCACGAGACAGGUUCGCUCCCAGCAUCCCUAUGCUGAAGACUUCAUAGGUAAACCCUAUGUGUGGACUGUUGACAUGAGCAACUCCACUGAAGUCCAGGAAGCUGUGAGAACAAUCCUGCACAGCCAGGUGAGACCCUUCACUCCCUAUGAAUUCACCAGGGAGGGAAUGCUUGAGAGAGUCUUUACCUACAUUUCUCAUCAGGAUUUCUGCAGCCUCACUCCCCAGCCCUGGCCCCCUGAGAACACCCUGCUAGCCAGGCUGGGCUCUCUCGGGGAGUCCUGCACUGCAGUGUGUCUCCAGGCUGCUCUGGUCUGCGAGCCGGCCCACUUCCAGCUCCUCAACAAGCCAGACACCUUCUCCAGCCUAGGCUUGAACUGCAGCAGUACCUCUGUGGAGGUGAACCAUUUGUUUCCAGCUUACAAUGAAAGGGCCCGGCGUUGCUCCCUGCAGAGAGAAUGGCUGCUCUUCAGCUGUGCAGGGUCAGAUAACUCCCACAAGAGACUCUGCCCCUGCCGCAGGUAUCAGCCAGGGCAAGUGGCGCUUUGCCAGGGUUGUCUUUAACAGAAUGAACUGAAUACCCCAUAUGGACUUGCUGGGUCUCAGAUAAGACCCCUAAUACUGAUAUCGCCUGUAUUCUGUAUUACAGACUUUUAAGAGCUAUGCUGUACAAUACAAUACUGUACAAUAAAACAGACAGGUCUACAGUUAAUUUCAUGUCAUGCAUCCCAACGCAAUAAUGUUUCUGGAUCUUAGAUCCCCAGUACUCUAUACUAUAUUGUAUUUGAUGGCUCUCAGAUCCCUAGCGCUGAGUUACCUGAAUUGACAUUAUUAUUAUUAUUAUUAUUAUUAUUAUUAUUAUUAUUAUAGGACCUUUCAUAUGUUGCCAAUAAUACAUGUGUACAACAAAAAACUGGAAAAUGUUUGACUGGGGAGGCAAAAGAAAAAAUAAUCCAUUACUGUGAGAAAAGGCCAAUUUGCUUUAAUAUAUGAACUCAUCUUAAACAUGCCUUCGCAUUUUCCACUUGUUAAUUAAUAACAUGAGAGCUCUGUGAUUAGCCAUGCUCUUCAAAACGCCAGGCAGCAGAUAACACAAACCAGCUGCUUUCUGGCAACCCCCUCUCUCUCUCUCUUGCAUUGUUCCUCCUCGCAAUUCUUAGAGCUCAGGAGGAGGAAGCCAUCGUCUGUUCUGCCAAGUCAAGCUCUCCUGUAUAGAAAUAUAUAUAUCUAUAUCUAUAGUGUAUUUCAGUUCCACAUCUCCACUACAAGAGUGCAGCCUGCCCUUCGUCUUAGCAAGUAGAAUUUCCCCUCUGUGGUUUAAAAGGGAAUUCAGUGAUAUUUCAGCGUCAGAGCAAUAACAGCUUGUGCCAUAAAUGUUUUUCCUCUGGGUGUUAGGUUAGUUAAUGGUAAUGCAGCUCCAUUUAUAUUGUGAAUUGCUUAUUUUGGACUCUUAAUUUGAAGUGUUUUCCGAGUUAGAUCUCUGGAGCUCUUUUCAACAUCUUGUGUACUUCCGUCCACUGGGCAACAGAGAGCACUGUUCUCCUUUGAAUGGACUGUUUUCUGAGUUAGAAGGAGCACUGACUGAAAGUGUACAAGUGUUAUAGACUGCGGAACUGUGUACCAUUACAUGAGCUCUAGACUUCAAAUAAUCUCCAUUUUAAUUUUGAACCAAACGCAAAGGAAAAUGUACAUAAGUAGAAUUUACAUCCCAUAUUGGUAGGACUUUAUAAUAAGGUCCAGUAAUAAACUCUUUAUAGUUGAUGCAUACAGAGUAUAUAAAUUAUGAACAAACAGGAUAUACAUAUUUAUAAAGCACCUUAUUAGUGCCAUUAUUCAUGCGUUAUAAGGUCCACUAAUAAAUACUUUAUUAACCAUUUAUAAAUGAUUAAUAUAUGUUACAUAAAUAUGAAAGAGCAAGCUAUGAAUAUGACAAUAUAACAAUGACAUUUAUAAUGUGCUUGAAUAAUCUCAGCUCCCUUCACUGAUCUGUCCUUAAUAACCUCAUUUAUAAAUGGCUUUAUAGGUAUUUAUAGCUUGCUCUUUCAUAUUUAUGUAGCAUCUAUUAAUCAUUAAUAGAUGGUUAAUAAAGUGUUUAUUACUGGACCUUAUAAAGUAAGUAUGGUAAAAUGGAUAAGAACGAUUUCAAAUAAGAGCAAUUACAGAAAAUGUCAAUACAGAUACCUAUAAGAGUAAAAUCAAGUACAAGAUACAGGAAAUAGUUAUAAUUAAGAGCAGUAGUAGAAUACGGCAAAGUAUGGAGCAGGUCAGUGCAAGUACAAGCUGAUGCAAGUAGUGGUAAUCAUGUAAUUAUUUACUGUAUUUUUUAUUUUGCUCUUAUUUGAGUUUGAUCUUAUUUUCUACUGAUUUUACUGUACUCUUUAACUGCUCUUAUCUGUAAAGUUCUGUAAUGUGAUAUUGUAUAAUGUGAUAUUUUGUAAUGUGAUACUUUGUAUUGUGAUAUUUUGUAACAGCUGUAAGUCACCCUGGAUAAGGGUGUCUGCUAAUAAAUAAAUAAUAAUAAUAAAGCAUUAAUAAUGGCCCUAAUAAGGUGCUUUAUAAAUAUUUAUAACCUGUUUGUUCAUAGUUUAUAUACUAUGUAUUCAUCAUCUAUAAAGAGUUAAUAAAGUGUUUAUUACUAGACCUUAUUAUAAAGUGCUCAUAUGUGUUCAAAUUCCACUGCCUCUUGUCAUGUAUAGAUGUGCUUCUGUGCAUAGAACAUACAGCACAGUUCAUGCAAUACAGCACUUAUUAAUACAGUUUUGUGAUUUAUAAUAAGUCAGUACAUCAUGUGUAAGAUGUGUCUUAUUAUAACUUGAAUCACUUUGCAUGGUUUGAGCAAUCAGAAGUAAAACAGUGUCUUGAAAGCUGGUUCCAGGAGACCACCGGGAGACCUAGUUUGAGGCAACUUUGCUGCAUCAAACCCCAAGUCUCCCCAGAUGUGCCACAAAGUUGCUUUGUGUUCCCUCAGCUUAAGAGACACCAUACACACAACUUAUUAACUUUUAUUCAGGUGCAAAAUAGCAUCUUUAUAGAAUAAAAGUUUUUAAACACCUCAAUCUAAGGUAGUGACAUUGAACCUAAUUAAACUAAUAUACUCAUUGAUCUUUUUUUGUAAUAAAAAUGUCAUGCAGUUUAAAGCAUACACAGUAGUCCUGUGAGCGAUUUGACUGGUCCCUGGAAACAAAGGUCAGCCCUGCAGCCCUCUGAGCUCACCUGUGCCUGGCCAGUAGAAUUUAUAUGGGGGGGGUUCUUACUUAUUUCUAUUAAAAUCUAUUAAUGUG